GGACACCAUGUCCAGCCAGGGUCAACCCACCACAGAAGAACAUCUGAAUUCUUAUAAUUCUAAGCAGAUCACAUUUUUUUUAACAGACAGAGUAAGAAUCAGGACAAUGAAAUUGAAGGGCACACUUGUCACAGUUUAUGGAUGUCAUGUGUGUGCAAUAUUUACAGAUUGUCCAAAUUACUGAUGCUACCAGCCUCUGAGAGCUGCUCUAGGCAGUGGAAGAUGCUGUUCAGGCUCAGAAUGGCCUGGAUGAACUGCAGAAAUGGUCUCGAUGAAGAAAGAAAUAACUUACUGGGUGCGAGUGCAAAGGGCUAUAGUGAGGCGGGAAUAACCAGCUCUACAAGUACAGACGGGGCAGGGUCAGCUCACUCAGUAUGUGUUCAUAGACAAUAGAGCAGGGGGUUGUUUAGGUACAAUUUAUCUCAAUUUGUCAUAAGGUCCUGUGGAAAAAAAAAAAAAGAUGCCAUCCUGGGACAUCUAAACAGACACAUAGCCUGCAGGACGUGGGAAGCAGCGUUCCUGUUGCCUUCUCUACAGCAAGGCUGCAGAAGGACUAUGGUGUCCAGUUUUGGGCAUUGUAUCAAGAAGGCUGUUGGAGCUAUAGCCCUGUUGAUGGGACCUCAGCUGCCCUAAUCAGUUUUGACCUUGUCUCCAAUCCUGUGUCAGGCCCUGCCUCCUGUUCCUCCUGAAAAAGGAGACCCUGACCAGCCACCUCACUUUGGGACUCUGUGGGCACCCUGCAGGCAGCACCAGCUCUGCCCAUCUUGCAGGGAUACUGUGGUACUGUGGCUGGCUACUGAGCAUGCCCUCAGCCCUGCUCCAAGCCUUGUGCUAGAAGCAGAGGCAGAAAGGCGAGGGCUAUGGAAAGGCUGAAUAAGUGGUUCUUGUUUGAACAAAAGCACAAAAGGCUAUAAUUUGGUUACAUUCUUAGCAUAUAUAAAAUACUGUGACAGUUUUCCACAUCCAGGGAUGAGAAGGAAAAAUACGGUGAGUUACAUGUGUGGCAAUUAAGGCUUUGUUGAAAUAUUAGGGGAAAGCUGGUGGUAGAGAUAAUGUUCCUCAGCCUGGAUUUGGCAUGCUACUAUUAUGUUGCUGUGGGUAGCUAGAAUCCUCAGGUUGGUUCUGGUCUUUCAUUCAGUUAAGCUUUUUACUGAAGUUAAAGCCCAAAUUAACCAAAUAUGAUGCAUAUAUGCAUAGUUCUGUACCCCACUAAUGGUUGCUUUCCUUCCAUGAUACAGCUGAAGAAGGUGAUUAAACUUGACAUACACAGCUGUUUUGGGGAUGCUUCUCUGAACAUACAUCAGUAAUAUCAGUGCCCAAAGGAAGGAAAGGGAGUGGAGAAGAGCCACCAGUUUUCUUUAAGAAAAGAUAAUUAAAUAAUAAGAGUGCUACUUAUCUUUUAAAAGCAGUUUACUUCCGUGUGUCUUUCUUUGGGGGCUGCUGAAGAGGUCCAGAAAUCCCAUAUCUACAAAACCGAAUAAAAAAUCUCAAACGAGUCCCCCCAGUCCUUUACACCAUUUCUUGACAUAUUGUUCCUCCAUCUGGAGGCAGUUAAAGCCCUGUCUGGGACAUUGCUGCAAGCUCUCAUCUCUUUUGGAACUACUUUCAGUGGAAAAAAAAAGAUAAAAAAAGAAAAGAACAGGAAGUUUAAGGACACGAAAAAGUCAAGACUGCUGUGACCUUGAUAAGUGUUCAUAUUCCCUGGUUUGCAGAGACACCUAAGUGAUGGUUUGUGUGAAGACAGACACAGUUAUUUUUCUCUUCAAGGGCAUGACACAGUGAAACACAUCACCAAUUGAGUAAGAGGGCAGGCACUUAGUUAACACCCAGACCAUUGUUCUGGAUAUACUAGAACCCAGAACUUGUUCUGGAGUGUACAGAACAAGUGAAAUUUGGAGAAAAUGGCCUGUGAAUUUAAUUUGAACUUCCUUAAGGAAUUGGAACGAGAGGCUGUUUUGGAAGUCCUGUACCGUGACGAGAUGGUGAGAAAAACAGAAGAGGAAAGAAUAAGGAAACUGAAACUGCAUCUACAACAGCUUCGGUGGAAAGGGGCAAAAAAUGUAAGCCAUGAAUAUCAGGAGAGAUCUUGUGCUCGCUGUCAGAAAUCUCUCGGGUUGUUGAUGAACAGAGGGGCAGUAUGCAAUGGCUGCAGUCAUCGAGUAUGCUCUGAAUGCCGUGUCUGCCUGAAUCCCUGCCUUUGGAAAUGCACCAUUUGUUAUGCUCAUGGAGAUGUUAAAGUAAAGGCUGGUGAAUGGUUCUUUGAGGAACGAGCAAAGAAAUAUCCAGGUGAAGGCAGACAUGAAACAGUUGGUGCAAAGCUCUUGAAAUCUUAUCAGAAACUGAGUAAAAUUUCUGUCGUACCUCCAACUCCACCUCCUUUCCCAGAAUCAACAGCAGGAACCAAUGUGAUGGUAAAUGAACUUGGAGAGUCUAAAAGGUUUAAUAAAUCUGUGGAAAACUUGUUUUUGUCUCUCACAACACACAUAAAAAAAAUCUCAAAGUCUCAGAAUGAUAUGACUGACAGAUGUGUCCUAACCACAGACUUUGGGAAGAAUGUGGAAAGAAGAAGGCAAAGAAGGAGCCAGUCUGACACUGCCAUCAACAUUACAAGCAAGAUGAAAAGUACACCUAGUCUGCAGCAGCUCAUCACUGGGGCCCAAAAUGACAGUGAAAUUCUGACAAAAAGUAGUUGCAAGGAGGAAGAAGACAUAACAACCAGUCCCACAAGCGAUACAGUUUUCUGUGAUGGCAGAAAACAUGGGAGUUUGUUUAGUCUUAACAGCACUUGCACUGAAUCUGGCAAUUUUGGCAAAGCUAAUGUGACAGGAGAAAUAGAGUUUGCCUUAAGAUACAUCUUCAGAGCUUACAUCUUGGAAAUUUGCAUCAAGGGAUGCAAGAACCUGGCUUAUGGAGAAGAGAAAAAGAAAAAGUGUAACCCGUAUGUUAAGGUUUAUUUACUUCCUGAUAAAUCUCCUUGGAGUAAGCGAAAGACAGCUGUCAAAAAGAGCACAGUGGAUCCAGAGUUCAAUGAGACUUUGAAGUACAAGAUUGAAUACUCCCAGCUGCGAAGUCGGCAACUUCAGAUCUCUGUGUGGCAUGCAGGAGCACUCAAAUACAGGGUGUUUUUGGGGGAAGUAGUGAUUCCACUGGCAGCAUGGAAUUUUGAAGACGACUCAAUGCAGUUAUUUGACUGGUAUCAACUCAAACCCAAGCUUGAAAAGCCUGAAGAUGAUCUUACCCAGUACAGCGGUGAACUCCUCUUGUCUGCAAGACUCUUGGUACCAGCCCAGUAUAAAAACUUCCAGUUUGAAGGAAACAAAGACCAAGGAGUUCCCAACUGCCAGCUUCAGAUUAUGAUAUUUGGGGCUAAGAACUUGCCCAUGCUGAGACCUGCUGGAAUGUUGAACUCCUUUGUUAAAGGUUGUCUUAUCCUUCCAAACCAAGCAGAGGUAAGGCAAAAGUCUCCUGUCCUGAAGAAAGAAGCCUGUCCUCAGUGGAAACACUUGUUUGUCUUUGAUGGUGUGACCCCAGCUCAGCUACAGCAAUCAUGUCUACACCUGACUGUCUGGGACAAGUCAACUUUCAGCUCAAGUGAUCAAUUCCUAGGAGGAGCCAAGCUUGGUACAAAGGAACUGUUUGGCUCUACAGACCUUGUUUCUCAGUCAGUGCUCCAAUGGCAAGAAGUGCUCUGCAACCCAAACAUGUGGAUGGACUUUACACUUGUACUGCAUUCAAAUAAGGAAAACUUUAAAUCAUGAGAAAUUAUCACACAACUUUUCCUUCCCCAUGUGUGAUGUUUUAAACUUCCCCAGACUUCAGAUCUGGGGAAAGGUAUGAUGCAAAUGCAUCCACUCUGGCUUUUGGGGAAUAGACUUAUGUAUAAGUGUGUGACAUUCUGAAUGUUUUAUUUUUUAAAAAGUAAAGGCUUUAACUUGUGUCUCUAGCUGGAGUAUAAGGUUAAUAUUGUUUCUUCAGGAGUUACAGUCUCAGUUUGAGAUGCAUUAUGCUGACAAAGCAACAGUAGCCAGACAAUAUGCAGUUUUCCAUUUUUGGGCAUAGCCAAACUGUUUAGUCACAGCUAGGAAUACUUCUCAGAGAAAAUAACUGUUACAGCAGGAAAUUUAUGUGCUUUCGCUC